CCGUAAGCGCUGCUGUGUGUGUGUAUGCAUGUGCGUGAGUGUGAGUGUGUGUGUGUGUGCGUGCGUGCGUGAGUGUGAGUGUGUGUGUGUGCGUGCGCGUGCGUAAGGGAGUGAGUGAGUGUGUGAGGGAGUGAUGUAUGGAGUGCGUGUGGGAAUAGAGCAGAAAGGAUUGCAACUUUUCGCAAGUAGUUUUGUUUUCAGGACAAGUUUGAGUUUUAGGCAUUCGGGAAGGUUAUUGAAAGGAUCUGGGCUAUAGGAGUGUACCUACAUUAAUACACACACACACACACACACACACACACACACUGAGUCCGGCUUGUCAGAGAAGAUCUCCUGCAAAAGUUGCACAUCGGAUCUCUGGGUGAAGAUGUCUAAGAGUUUGCAGCUCAUUUCUCUGGGCUGCUGCUGAAGGCCAUAAACAGGAAGAACAAUCCGGGUUGAUGUGCUCCAUCGGCUCUGCUCUGCUCUGCUUUCUGUCUGGGGUUUGUUUUUUUAUUAUUAUCUCUAUUGCAAACCUGCAGAGGAAACACUGAAGCACUGAUGAUCAUCUGAGCUCAUAGAUGAUCUAUGAGCUGAAGGUCUACUCCAUACUCCAAGCAUGGAAGUGUAGAGACAGAAGUUUGAAUAGAAACUUAAAGAAAGAGAGAGAGAAAGAGAGAAAGAGAGAUCAGGAUUGCCAGCAUGCUGAAGACUCUAACCAAAAAGCUCAGAAGACAUUCCCUCAAUGAAAUCCACCCUUUCCAGCUUAAGAUUUCCUACCAUGGCAGUGAAGAGGGCGGAGAGAGCGAAGAUUCUGAAGGAGAGAACCAAGAGCUGGCACAGAUCGACCGAGAGCGCCGCAGGAACUGUGUUUUAACCCCUUUGGCCACCAGUCAGCAGCCUAAUCAGGGCCUGCUUUCCCCGGGCCGUGUUCGCCGUGUGCGGUUGCUACUGGAGCCUGCCAUGGAGCGCCACAGCUCUGAAGAGGAGCUUGAGCGUAUUGCGGGCAUUGCAAGCACCGCUGGUGCUGAGGGUGGAUGUAGGUGGCACCGGCAUGGUGAGCUCAGCAGUGCCUCCAGUGACGAGGAGGUGAAGGACCUGUGUGAGCCAGGUGCUUCCCCGAGCCCUGUGCUGUUCAGCUCGUCUCCACCUCGAGGCCUCAAACCCACACACGCCUCCACACGACUACACGCCAGACCCAUAAUCCUCAGCCACUUCGAACAGCCCGCCGUGCCAUACUGGAGACACCGGAGAGAGCCCGGUCGACCGAGUCUGGACCUGGAGAAGAUGCAGCAGAAAAUGCUCCUGAAAAAGAACUGUGGUGGGAAAACGAGGACAAUCAAGAUCCGGAACCUGACUGGCAGUCGACACCCUCCCAGAUACUCUUAUGAUCCCUCCAUCUUUGCCUUCCGAUCUCUGAGCACCGCCCCUCCGUGCAGUCCCCUGCUCUCCAGCGAGGAGCCUUCUUGUGCUUGAGGGAAGCCACUGGACUUUGAGAUGAAACAGCACAGCUUGUUGGAUCAACCUAUUACUUACAUUAGGACAGGGACAGUUUUAUUAUCCUGUCAUUUAGCAGGCUUUUAGCCCAAACAAAGUGCCCAAGUUGACAAAACAGCAAGUCCCAGGAUGUAGAGGACCAUCAGGGAAUUGGGUAAUGUUGUCUUAUGUUGUUUUACCCUUUCUGGCUGUCUGACCAUAUCUCAGGAAAAAUCCUUAACACUUUCUACAAAGACAAGGCCAUGGCCACUGUACUAUGACAACAAAAAGCUGCAUUCUGCUGAAAUCGGCAUUCUGAAUAAUUUCGUGGUUCUUGAAUAACCCCGCACAUCUGGCCAUUUCCUGAUGUUCAGGUAUAGUUAUUCAACUGCCAUUGUACUAUGUGCAUCUUGGCUAUUUGUAGAUCGUGUAGAAAGUCUACACCAAGAGCUUUAGGCUGAGAAGGAAAUGUGAUGCGGCGUGAUUUGUAAUGUGAGGAUGGACUUUAUGGAUUUUUUUUGGGGCUUAAAAGGUAUUACUACAACUGUUACCAGAGAGGCUGGCGUUCUACACUUCCUCGCAGUCAUAAUAAUCAAAGAUGAACGAAAUUCAUGCUUUUAGGCUUGACCAACAAUCGAAAUGUAAACUCAAUAUUAAUUGGUGACCUUGUAUAAGCCGAAGAUUGAGGUUAUCCAUGUCUGCCAUAGUGCUUGCCUAAUGUGUACUGUUAUAUGACAAUAAUAAUAAAUAAACAACGGAAUAGAAAAAACCCUGGUACUAGUCCAGCAUCAGACUAAAGCCGGUUUUACACUGUGUGAUUACAGCAGUCUUUUUAUUACUUCUCACACUAUAUGAGAUGAUCCCAUUAAACUCCGACCGAAUUCAAUACUAGACUGUGCAAUAACGUGUGUUCUCCAUGUCAGAUUAUAUGACGACAGUCCUCUAACAAUAGGCCUGCAAUUAAAUAAAAUUACUAUGUUCUGCUUACGUUAUCAAUCAGUGUGAUUGUGAGUGCUCAUGCAGAAAAUAAGGUCACGGGAACGGAAACAUUAUUCAUAGUAAGCUAAAGGUAAUAAGUAUAUUUUUUCUGUCCAUGUUUCAUUUAUAUUUCACCAUUGUCACUAAUGUGUUUGUAGCUGUCCUGUGAGUUACGCAUCAUGCUAUGCUGUCCUCCUAUUGGUGGUUUUUAGAUGAGAUUCAUAGCAGCGGCCAAGCUCUGAGAUUUUAAUGCAAAUAUCUGACAUCAUCAAAACUUGUCGGCCAUCUUACGCGCAAAGGCGUUAAAUUUGCUCCCAGCGAGCGUGUCGCAUUAUGCGCUCUAAGAUUGUCGAACUCAACUGACGACCAAAGAAUUAAUUUACAAUGUGAGAUCUUUGUCUGCAAAAGCAAAGUAGGCCCAAAAUUGUACAGUGUAAAGCCGGCUUAAGCAUGUGAAUCUGUCUGACCCAUCGCAGGUUUAGGACAGAGAGCAUACUCUGUGUUAUGUGCCUAAUAUAGUGGAGCUGCAGUAUAGAAGCUCCUUUGCCAUGUUCGAAUGUUUUGGACCAAGUACCAAAGUCAAUACUCAUCAUAUUUCAUCAUAACCCCCUUUCUGGGUUAAGUCUUAAGUUAAGCUUCUCUAUUUUGAUUGCACUCUUUCAAUCUUGAAUUGUUUUGGUAAAGAACAAAUACAUUGUUGAAUAUAAAACAUGGGAAACAUGUUUUGUUUCAAGUAUUUUGCUUAUGUAAUUGUGUAGGUUUUAACUAUGUUAACUAUGUACUGUAUUGAUUUGUACCUAGCUUUUCAAUGAAUGUAGCCUACUCUUGUAGGGGUCAAUAUGUUUUUGCAAAGUGUAGGACAGCUACAAGGAACUUUUUGUUACUGGUUCCACAAGUUUAUUCUAGUUACCCAUUGAAAUAUAUUCACGCAGAAUAAAUAUAUACACCUGCCGGUCGGACAGUACGUACAUGUUUGUAACAUGUAAGAAGCCUCUAGUCAUUUUUUGCCAUGUUCCAGUGAGAUAAAUAAAUGUCUCUUGGCUCCA